GCCGGUGUCUCAAGUCCGAGUAUAUAUAGACCGACUUAACUCUGCGACUAACAAUUUUUAGUCCUUCAAUUAAGUGCUGAGACAAUAUAUGCGAUGAAGAACGGCUCCAGGAGCAAGUUUCUACUCUGUUUCCGCCCAGUUGUAGUCGAUGAUGUGAUUCUCGAACGCUCUUCCGCUGCCGCUACCGUCUCGUCUGCGACCAUACAGAGUGAUACCUUAGACAACCGCUCUAAGGUUUGCACUCCGGUUCUGUUAUCCGAACCACAAACAAGUCACUGCGCCUGCUGUUGGUCUAGUGAUGGGAACGUUGCGUGCUGUAAAAGGGAGCGAGAAACAGAGUCGGAAAUGGAAGAUGUGUCCGGCAUGGACGAUGUUUCCGGCUUUGGGGUCGGCGUACUGUGUUUUGAUCUGUUGUUUUGUCUCACGGUAACGGUGUUCUGGGGGAGGCUCUUUGCGAUACUCUUGACGUGUACGUUGAUGUACUUAGUUCCACUUCGGAGAAAAGGCGACGGCCGCCAUCUGUUGGAUGUCAAAACACCGCCGGAGAUGGAGAGGAAGCGGCGGGUUGCGAUCAUGGAAGGGCUGCUUCAGAGGAACCGUCACCGGAAGCAUUGAAAUCUGAACUCUCAAACGGAAAGUGUGGUGUAAUUUUGUGAAAUUGCAAUUGCUCCCCUCUACUUUUUGUAGUCACACUUCUUGCAUGCCUUAUCCUUUUCUUUCUAAUUUUUGAGUAAGGGAUUUUGGCGUAUGUCAGAUGCAUCAUGUAAAUUACAUCUGCAUGUACCCUCACAAGAUAGAAUUUCAUACGCCUUACUGGGUACAAACUCGUUUGUAUAUGUCGAGGUAUAUAACUCGUGCAUGCUAGAAAAGUUGUUUUGAGUUGUUUUAAA